AUCAAAAUAUAUAAAAGGCCAGGAUCGGCUCAGUCAAGAUAACAAGAAGAAAACUCACACAAUUUCAACGUGUCAUCAUACGCUAAAGACCCAUCAUGGCUUCUUUCAAAUUACCAGCAUUCCUCUGUGUUGCUGUUCUCUCUAGCAUGGCUUUGGUAUCUCACGGGGCUGUGAUUGGAUUGUGUCAGGGUGCCUGCCCUGAAGGUUGGACAGAACAUAAUAACCGAUGCUUCUUGCAUGUCGCUGAGAAGAAGACAUGGGUUGAUGCUGAGCUAAACUGUUUACAUCUUGGGGGAAACCUGGCCUCAGAGCACAGUGAAGACGACCAUCAUUUUCUUAAAGAGCUCCAUAAGGGUCUUGACAGUUCAGACAGCCCAUUCUGGAUAGGACUGUCAGCUGUGCACGAGGGGAGAUCAUGGCUGUGGUCUGAUGGUACAAGUGCAAGCGUUGAAGGGGACUUUUCAAUGUGGAAUCCCGGAGAGCCCAACGACGCCGGGGGCAAAGAGGACUGUGUGCACGAUAAUUAUGGAGGCCAAAAACACUGGAACGACAUUGGAUGUGACAAACAGUACGCAUCCAUCUGUGUCUUGCGAAUUGUCACAUAAAUGACCAAUGUAGCCCACCUACCAAGGGGAAGCAGCUCAGGAUGAAAUUACUUUGUGUGUCUUUUAACCCAUUUAAGCCCUUAGGCAACUAAAGUUGCCAAAGUCUCCACCACUCUUUUUCCAUCUGUGAAUAUUUUCUGGAUGACUAUAGAUGCUUUAAAAUGAAAUCUCUGGGAUUAUGGUUUAAUAAAGUUCCUGAUGCAUUGAAUAA